ACUUCGAUUAAAAUGGCAGCCCCAUUUAGUGGCCGUCAGUAAAAUGUCAAAAAAAUUUAUACAAUUUUCAAUGAAUUUUAAUUUAUCACAAAACUGGGUUCAUUCGAACCGUUGUUCGUCAUAGUGUUGAUAAAAAAGCGCUCGAAAAAGAACUUUUAAUUGUGAAAAGUGUUAGAAAACUUAUCAGUACCACGAUGGAGUGUAUUUACUGAAAUUUUACUUCGGCUACUACAAACAAAAUGGCGUCAGUUUGGAAGCGAUUGCAACGCGUCAACAAACGUGCGGCCAAGUUCCAGUACACCGCCUCGUAUCACAGGGUCGACUUGGAGACCUCGCCCAAAUGGAAACCUAAUAAGUUAAGUGUAGUCUGGACGCGGAGAUCUCGGAGAGUCAUCAGCGAGCCUCUAGAAUGGGAGCCAACUCUCAAGGACCCUUUGAAGGGAUCGGUGAUAUACAAUCUACCAGAGAAUCACACCGUGGCGGUCACUCUCUUCAAGGAUUCGCGCACUAAUGAACUGGAGGACAAAGACUGGACUUUUGUACUGGAGGAUGUGUCGUUGACUGGCAAGCGGCGUCGGCUGGCCGUGUGCUCCGUGAACAUGCGCAAGUACGCGAGCCUGGAGUCGUCCCAGCGGCCGCUGCUGCUGCGGCUGGAGCCCACCACGCACAAGAUUGUGUCCGCCUCCCUGUCGCUCACGUUACAUUGCGUGCUGCUCAGAGAGGGACAGGCUACGGACGAGGACAUGCAGUCGCUGGUCAGUCUGCUGUCGGUCAACAACAACUCCGACAUCGCCGUGCUGGAGGACCUGGACGAGGACGACUACACGCUGUCCGAUGACUCCACUCGCCAGAUGUUGGACUUCCGUCAGCAAAUGGAAGAGAUGACCCAGAGCCUCACGAACAGCGACCUGGCGGACACCCCGUGCAGCGUGCAGAGCCUCAACCUCGACCUCACGCCGCAGCAGGCCCCGCCCGACUCGCCCACCACCCCGGUGCCCAGAGACGACAGACUCGAUUUAAAAAUAAAAAUCGAUUUACCCAAAAUCGAUUCCGUGACUUCCACCCCGAAAAUCGAUAAAACGGAAUUCAAGCCUCUAGUAUUGAAGCCCAGGACGAUAACGAAAAGGAACCUUAAGCCUUUGGAGUUAAAGACGAAUCUCAACAGCAUCGGGCUCGAGAAGGACGAUGAGAACAGCUACGACAGCGACCAGACGCCGACCGCCGACGUGGACAAACUGCUCCCGGGGAGGUUCCACAGAGACAAGACGCCGGUCCAAGACCUGCUGGAGUGGUGCCAGGCGGUGACCCGCGACUACAAGACCUGCCGGGUCACGAACCUCACCACCAGCUUCAGGUCCGGGCUGGCCUUCUGCGCCAUCAUACACCACUUUCGACCAGACCUCAUCGACCUGUCGGCGCUGGCGGGCGAGGGGGCGGAGGCGCACGUGCGGGCGGCGCUGGAGGCCGGGGCCGCGCUGGGCAUCCCGCAGGUGCUGGCCGUGGCCGACGUGUGCGCGCGUCCGGCGCCCGACCGGCUAGCCAUCAUGACGUACCUGUUCCAACUGCGGGCGCACUUCACGGGCGGCGAGCUGCAGGUGGAGCAACUGGGUAACGACGAGACGGAGUCGUCGUACAUGGUGGGGCGCCACGACACGGACGAGUCGCUGCCCCCCGAGCUGUUCAGCCGCGAGAUCAGCACGCGCCGCUCCAGGACCGACCGCGCACGACCCAAGUCUGAAGAACUAGAAGACAAGAAGAAUAGAGUGGAGGAGCGCGGCAGUCCGGAGCGCGGCGGGGUGCGGGCGCUGCUGGGCCGCGUGCUGUCCCCGCAGCAGCAGCCGCCCACCUGGUACACGGACCAGCCGCUACCCGCUCGGCCGGAAAAGCUGAUGACCCGCAAGGAACUGACCGAUCCUUUCGGGUCCGACGAGGAGGACGAGCCGGGACCCCGGGGGACGCCCGAGCCACGAAGCAACGGAAAACUGGAAACAGCGGUGGAGCCCGCGCCGGACCCGCCGCGCAUGGAGCCGGCGGCGACGGACCCCCUCACCCCCCCGGCGCCCCCCGCCGAGCCUAAACCGGAAACGCCGGUCGCAGAGCUGCCCAAGCCCACUCCGCAACUGUUGUCGCGGCACGAUGAGCUCAAAGAGCGAGCGAGACAGCUGCUCGAGGCCACCAAGAGAGAGGCGAGAGAGAAAGAGAGGAUCAGGCGACAGAACUCUAAGGAGGAUAAAGAACUCAAUGGCGUUAAGAAUGGCGACUUGAGUCCGAAGAAGAUAAUGACGGAGGAAGAGAGACAAGUGAUGCUGCGGGAGCGCGCGCGGAAGCUCAUAGCCGACGCGAAAGCUGGACUGGUCAGUCCGAGUUCGCCGCUGUCUCCGUCCCGGCCGCCCCGCGCCGGCGCCGUGGAGAUCAUCAGCAAGCAGUCGGUGCUGGACGAGCUCGCUGCAGAGGACAGACAGAGCGAGGACGCGAAGAGCACCAGGAGUAACUCGUGGGGCAGUGACGAGGCGCGGCGGUCCCCCCUGCAGUCCUUCACCGCGCUCGUGGACAGCCUGUCGCCCGAGGACCACGCCGCGGAUGAGGGCAAGGAGUCCGGCUCGUACAUCCAGAGCGAGCUGGAAGCCUUGGAGCGAGAGCAGGCCGCCAUCGACCUCAAGGCAGCCGCCCUAGAGAAGCAGUUACGCCACGUCAUGGAGGCCGCGGACAGCACCGAGGAGGAGGACAAAUUGAUGUCGCAAUGGUUCAACCUAGUCAAUAAGAAGAACGCACUCCUGAGGAGGCAGAUGCAGCUGAACAUAUUGGAGCAGGAGGAGGACCUGAGCCGCCGCUGCGAGCUGCUGGCGCGCGAGCUGCGCCUCUCCCUCGGCGUCGACGAGUGGAGGAAGACUCCCGGGCAGAAGAGGAGGGAGAGGCUGCUGCUGCAGGAGCUGCUGUCCGCGGUCAACGAGCGAGACCGCCUGGUCCAGGAGAUGGACGAGCAGGAGAAAGCGAUCGCGGACGACGACGCAAUCGAGCGGAACCUGUCGCACGUCGAGAUCCAAAGGAAGAACAACUGCAUCCUGCAGUAGCGCCGCCUGCAUGCCAAUAUGUAACCUAACACGCGCCCGUAAGGUUCAAAAUUGACUAACUAGCGAGCGCGUCGUAGCGCGUGGCCGGGUCAGUAAGCCGAUGUCCACGGACCGAUCGAACUGUGACCAGAUCUAAAAACAUCUGUUUUGCUGAUGAAAUAAAAAAAACUUUUUUUUUUUUAAAUUGACUACACCGAAGCCACUAAACAACAAUUCAUGAACUAAAGCGAAAAAUGUAUUUAAAUGCCUAUUUGUGUUUGUGAACGUUUAUAUUUAGACAGAUAGGCGUGUGUGUACUGUAACUAAUUAUAAUUAAUAUAAUUAUAUUCGCUUAACGUAACGUUAUAACGAGACGUGACGUAACGUAAGGUAACCUAACGUGACGUAACGUAACGUAACGUUGAUGUAUAUUUGUCGCGUGUGACGUUGAGCACGCGUGGUGUCGGUGAAGGCCCGCGAUCGGUGUUGCUACGGGUAAAAAUUAAUAUAGUCUUUUGUUUCAGUGUGACCUCAGUAAUUAAUUUUUAUUUUCAAUUUUUUUUUAUAGGCAAAUGAAGUACAUUUUAAAUUACAAAUUGAUUGUGAUUAUAUUAAUAAUUUUAUGACGACUUUUAGUAAUGAAUGUCCGUGAUAUGUUUAUUGAAUUAUGACCUUUACGUGUAAAGGAAUAAAGAUUGUUUUUGAUGAUUUUAAUGGUGACAUAUAUGACGUAAUCGAGGGGGUUGGUGAUUAAUUAUUUUAAUAGUAGCUCGACAGGUGUGAGCCCGCCCGGUGCGGCAUUAUCUGCCGCGACGUCGCAUGCGCCGGUACGACGGAAGUUACUGUCUCCGGUGCUGUCCAUUGACUGUUGUUUCAUUAAUUCCCUUUGUUAUGUCAUAUUAUCUUCAAAUAUUUUUUUACUUUUUUUUUUAAAUAUUAAUUUAAAUAUUUUUAAUAGAUCAGCCCUAAUCGUGAAAUACUCAUGUAACUGUAUAAAUCUAUUUAUGAUCAUGUGUGAUCAUGUGUGUACAAACGUGUGGUUAUCGCUUAUGCAUUAGUAAUUUAUUUUUAUUUUAGGUAAUUUAUUUGUAUUGACAGACGCGUGUGUGCUAGCAGACAAAAAAAAACAAUAAUUGUUAAUUAGGAAAUACCCUAAAAUCGCGGAAAAAAAAAAAAAAAUCUAAUAAUUAGUAUGUAAUCGAAAGUAGACCUUAUGUGGGUGAACGAAGACGUAAAUUCCAAUGCGUUCACUUGUAUGAAUGUUUUCUUCAAAGAUAAAAAAACAGAACAUGCCAAUACAUUUAUUGAAUGCUUUUUAUUUAUUUUUUAGCUUAGAUGUGUGGACGAGCUCACGGCCCACCUGGUGUUAAGUGGUUACCGGAGCCCAUAGACAUCUACAGCCCACUGAGAUAUGAGUUCUAAGAUCUUAGUACAAUACAGUACAAUCGAGCUAAAUAAGCUUUCCCCUUUCAAUAAAAUGACUGCCCACUGACACACUACAACGGUAUUCACCAAAAUUCAAAUUCAAAUUCAAAAUCAUUUAUUUCAACUUAGAUGUCAGUAUAACACACUUGUUGAAUGUCAAAAUAUAAAUAACAAUGUUAACUCUACCACCGGUUCCAAAAAACCCACAGUCCUGAGAAGAACCAGCGAAACAAACUCAGCGGGCUUUGUUUUUUCAUAGAGAUGUGGACUCAUUUUUGUGUGUGUUUAAGCAAAUAACAAAUACAUUCAAAGAUUACCAAGUUACAUUCAUGAAUGUGGCUGAGGUGACUUUUCGAGUAAUGAAACACACAAAUGACGUCAUUGGUGUUGUGAAUCGAUGUGCGAGGGAGAUAGAUGUUAGUAGUUCUUGAUGUCAUGCACGAACUUUGAAAUGGCUAGAUUAUUUUAAAGGUGAUUUCAGUGCUGUUUUAAUAUGUUGAGCUGUUAUCACAGUAGACCGUGGGCCGUGGACAGUAGACAGUAUUCCGUGAUAAGUCGAAGAGUACAAUAUAUCGCCAUUAAAGAGGUUUUUUUAAAUAUUCUAAGCAUGUAAAUAAAGUAGUGCAAAAUUAUUUUAGUUUUAUUCAUUUUAAAUAAGUUAGUUGAUGUGUUUGUUUGUAGGAAAUUUCAAAGUCACCGUACAAUUGUGUAGAUUUCUGCUCAGUCGAUGUACAAAAAGAUAUGUUGACUAUGUGAUAUGAGCUCAUCGGUGAGAUCGAUUCCCGAUCGGGGCAUGUGUCAAAAUCUAUAUGACAUUAUAUAAAUAAAGUAGCUUUUGCCCGCGACUUCGUCCGCGUGGAAUAGUUCACAAAUAAUGCUUUAUUUUUUAGAACAAAUUUGGUUAGCAUAAAAAACGUUGGAGUGAGCCAACCUUAACAUAUAGACAUAUGCUGUCGCGGACUUUUUUUGAGAUCUUUUAAAGGGGAACAAUUCUGUCAUACAUUCUUUUAGCGAAACUUUAACCGUUUCUGCAGCGCACGCAGCGGAUGCUCUCAAAAUGGAAAAAAAAAAACCGUUUUUAAAACAUUAUUUAUUGGUGCUCCGCUUGUAUUGGUCUUAGUGUGAUGUUAUAUAGCCUAGCCUAGAUAAAUGGGCUAUCUAACACUGAAAGAAAUUUUCUAAUCGGACCGGUAGUUCCUGACAUUAGCGCGUUCAAACAAACAAACUCUUCAGCUUUAUAAUAUUAGUAUAGAUAAUCGAACCGUUAUUCGGUUCUUAAACUAGAUUUUCCUCGCUGUGGUAGCCAAAGUUACAUAGGUACAUCAUGGUACAUACUCAACCCAUUGAGUUUCUCGCCGGAUCUUCUCAGUGGGUCGCGAUUCCGAUCCGGUGGUAGAUUCAACGAAGCACGGCUGUUGCUAGGGCUAGUGUUAGCAACACUCAGGUUGAGCCCGUGAGCUCAACUGACGGUUCGCGUGAAGUUGGAAGCCCUUUAGGUAGGAUUAAAAAAUGUUUCAUUCGAAUGUUUGCUCGACGUGGGAAUCGAACCCACGACCCCGUAAUCGGACGCGAGUCGCCGAUUUGUCAAAUUUGCUUUUUAAGUUUCAAGUCGCAAGUUGUCUAGCUUCAUAAAAGUUCACAUUGAUCCAAGCUACACUACGACUGAGCAGAUUUAGACGAAAUUAGCGCUUAACUUCUAAUUGGCAGAUUCGUAUAUCGCAUAGCAAUUAGUUAAUGGCUAAUCGCGUAUUUAGUUUCACUGUCAUUUUAAGUACGACAUUCGCUUUUUUUUUUAUUGCCUAUAUGUGUGGACGAGCUCACAGCCCACCUGGUGUUAAGUGGUUACUGGAACCCAUAGACAUCUACAACCUAAAUGCGCCACACACCUUGAGAUAUAAGUUCUAAGGUCUCAGUAUAGUUACAGUAUAGUUCGCUUAGUGAGCCUGGGCUGAAAUGAGCGUUGGCCUAAUGCAGUUGAAUAACGCGUUGCUCACAUACAUAGUUGAAAGGAUCUUUCAGUUUUUUUACGGCUAAAAUAAUUGCUGUAAUUAUGAUGCAGAUAAUAUGUAUCUGAGAAUUAUAAAUGUAAUUAUAAUUUGUUGAUGCAAAGUACAUUGUGGGUACUUAAACAGUGAAUGAUACUUGUUGAUUAUUGGUGUUAGCGGCACACGUUGGUUGGCUGGGCUAGUUCGCGCAGCAAGCCAUUCUUUAUGUUGUGCUAUCUCAAAUGUGUUUUAGAAAGGUAUUUUAUAGUUAAUAGAGCAAAUAAUCAAGAUUUUUCUUGACUAAGCAAGCAUUUAAGUGUUUUUGUAUUGAAUAAAUCGAUUGAUAUACAAUAAAUACAGAGCGCUUGGUAAAGAUAGUAACAUUGGCUGUGCGGGAAAAAGAUAGAUAGAGUUGUGAUCUACUCUCCGUUUCCACCAUUACUUUUAACUUAAAACUUAGUAAAUGCAACGAGUAAUGAAGUUAGAAGCAAUGAAGACGUUUGAACCUAAACGAAUUUGUAAUAUUUUUUCUUAAUAAACGGUGAUAGUUCGUUAUCAGAUAAGUUAUAAUAAAUGAUUAUAUCAAUAUUCUAUAAUAGAAGUGGACGUUUGUGUUUUUUCAUUAUCAACGCGUUCAGGUGUGGUUAUUUCGAUAAAUUUGGAACUUGUAAAGUUUUCUUUAGUGGGGAUAUUUGGAUAAAUUUCAGGUUUGAGCCCCGUGAGCUCACCUACUAGUUCAGGCGACGCUGAUAUAGCCUCUCAAGGAUAUCAGCUUCUUCUUCUUCUUCUUCUCUGUCGUUUCCUCAUUGCUGAGGGUCGUGACCACCUUGGUCCAGUUUUUGCACCAGCUUCCUCCAAUGCUGCCUGCAUUCGGCCUGCUUAAUGGCGCCCGGGACGCUGGUAUCAGCUUAGGUAGGAAAAAAAAGAGGAUAAAUUUGGAACUUGGUAAAGUUUUUCCCACUUCAGUGGGUAUUCAUAGUUCCAUCAAAGUAAAGGUGACGUGCGAAUAGAUUUAAAAUGUGGGUACUUGUCAAUCGUUUAGCGAUAAUUGCACCCCAGCAUUGCGGGGUGUUAGGCAGUAGAAUCUGUAAGGUUCUCGUACCGCAGGGGCACGACUCAGUGAUGACCUGACGAAUUUGUUGUACUAACACUUGGCGUGAGCAGCCAGAAUUGGUGUUUGUGUCGAACCUCUGGAAAGCCCACACCGAGCAAUGGAUGCUAGGAAUCUGGUGACGUAUCCUCACGAAGCAAAUCAUAAUAAUAUGCAAACCAUUUUUAAUCACCUUAGAUAAAAUUAUUACUUAAAUGCUUGCUUGUAAACUUCAUCUAAUAAAAUAGUUAAUGUAUUCAUUCAUCUUGCCCUCGCUAUGUAUUUGAUAAUGUAUAAUAUAAUAAUAUAAUUAAUAUUUUAUAAUUAAUGUAAACUUUGGUACACUUUAGCCUUUGUCUAACGUGAUGUAUCUGUUUAACUUGAAGCUAAAGAAAGAGCUUACACAAAUGUAGCUACAAUUUAUCGUGGCUAUCGCAAAGUCAAACUAGGAGAUAAUUGGGUAAUUAUUUUUAAUAAAAUGUUCCUCUUGUGUACUUUUUGUGUCAAGAUGUACUCUAGAGAUGCCUGUUCAAUAUUACGGAUCUUUUUAUGAAGAAAUUGUAAACGAAACUGCCACGACGCUUAUCGCAAUGUGUAAAUAAAAUCUCGUAAGAAA